AAAAGCCGCUCGGGCCGCUCAGAGGGUGAGGCUGCAGGAAGGCUCCUUGGCAGCGCUGUUGGUGUAAAACUUCUUUUUUUUUUGUCAAUCUCCACACCAUUCUCCCAUUUGUUGAUUGAGAAACUUUGAAGAGAGCACAGAGUGACCAGCCAGAAUCCAUCAACAGAGCAUUGUUAUUCCUGAGUCCAAAGGUCCAUUUGAUUUGCUUCCACUGUGCAAAGCAAAGUUAACUAUCAACUUCAGGGACCAUCAGCAAACAUGGAACCAAAUAAUACAGCUAACCAAUCAAUCGUCAAAGAGGAGGUACUGGCAAAAGGCAAAUGGGCUCAACUUUUACAGACAACCUACAUAGAUCCUACUGGCAAAACCAGGGUUUGGGAAACAGUGAAACGAACAACCAGGAAACCAAGCAGUAAAUCUGACGGAGUGGCUGUACUCGCCGUGCUAAAAAAGACUCUGCAUUAUGACUGUUUGAUUAUGGUGAAACAGUUCAGGCCACCAAUGGGAUGCUACUGUCUCGAAUUGCCAGCAGGUCUCAUAGAUGAUGGUGAAACUGCAGAGGUUGCUGCCUUACGGGAGCUUUUGGAAGAAACCGGAUACAGAGGAGAGAUCAGUGAAACAACUCCAGAUUUAUGCCUGGAUCCCGGAUUAACCAACUGCACAAUGCAGUAUGUGACUGUUAAUAUUAACGGUGAUGAUUCAGAAAACCUCCAUCCGAAACAGAGGCUGGAUGAUGGAGAGUUUGUUGAGGUUAUUUUAAUUCCAAUGAAUGAACUUCGUAAGAAACUUGAUGAAAUGCUCCAAAAAGAAAAUAUUGUUGUGGAUGCUCGAGUUUACGCCUUUGCGAUGGGUUUAAUGUAUGCCUCUUCAAAGCCCAACAUGUUGCCUGUUUUGAAAGCUUGAAGGUCUUAAAGAACUUCUCAUCUACAGCUGUUGCACAUGGAUAUAUUUAAUCUCAUUUUUGUACUCUACUGUUGUACUAAGAAUGUAAUAACAUUGAUAUAAUUAACUAAAUUUAAGAAGCCAGAUUUACAGAACUGCCUUAUUCAUAACUGCAUCACAUCAUCUUUGCAAAAUCCAUAAGUGGCAGCAAAUAAAUUGCAUUUUUUAAAAAUUGUCUUUCAAAUUUUUGCCCUGGUACAGAAAGUUGCAUGUGGGUCAGAUACCUAAAGCCAGUACAAAUCAGCAUGAGUUGGUAGAGAAAUCUUUGAAACCCCAUUGUGUAUUAUGGUGUGAGCUUUUGGUUUGACAGAAUUGUGGAACAUGAUCUGAAUAUUGCAAAAUUAUAUUAUAGACUCAAAACCAGCAGCCUUUGUAAGCUCUGAAAUCAUAUCAUGAAGUAUAAUUAGUUUUGAUUAGCAGAAACCUACCACCACAUUUAGGAAUCUCUAUUUCAAGAUACUCAGACAUGCACAGGGCUUCCUAUAUCCUGGUUAGGAAUGCACUCUGUCCACACUGGCGUAUGUUUAGAAUUCCCAUCAUUAUUGGAGUCAAAAUCAUUUUACUGAUUGGAUAUUGGCUUGCGGAUUAGCUGGGAAUAGAGGCGAAGGAUUGUGAUUGUCCCUCUAGGUCUCCAUUGAUAAGUUAGUGUGGAGGUAGUUCCCUCAAGCAAAUCUCAAAUCUUUGACAGAUUAUGUAAUAUAUCUCAUCCCAGUCUCAUAGGGACUUGGUGUGUCUCCCUACCUGUGCUUUUAUUUCCCUUCCCCUCCCUAUAAGCUGGUUGUUAUGUAACUGGGAAGUUAGGAUCUUAGGCCUCACUAGGUAGGCAACUGUUACAAGGUGGCAUGAUGAACCACACAACUUUCCACUGAACAAGUCUGCUGUCAAAAUUUAGCUACUGUAGAGAAUAUUACCCUAACAAAUGGUUAAUUGGACCAUUUUUGAGGUUGGUGCUUUAAAAUUUUGUUUGCUUACCCGUAAUUGACUCUCAAUAGAUAUGUAAUCCUGGAUAUGUAGGAUCAGAAACAGGGCAUAUCUUCUUCACAUCCAUUACUCAGUCUUUCUGGUUGUCAAAAAAGAACAUUCCUUUUGGAUUGCUUUAAUCCUCAAGGCCAAUUUUGUUUUGUACCAUACAACUACUGUAAAGAAAAGUGCAUUCAACAUGAGUGUUUCAGUAAAGAACAUGUUUGUUAUGAGCAUUUGAUUUAUUACUGUUCUGACUUGUUUUUUUAAACAAUCAUUUAUUUAUAUCUGCUGUAAAUUUGAGGAAAUAAUGAAAGUGGAUUAAGAAUGCUGUUUCAGAUUUAAUGGUUUAAGAGCUCAGAUUAACAGCAGCAUGCUAGUAAUUUUUGGAUUAGAUAAAAUAAAUGCUAUAUUGCCAAACAUUUUCAGUACCAAGUAAUCUAAAUAAUUUUUUUUUAAUAAAAAGCAACAUGUGAUUUUAGCUUUUAGAACAUGAUGAAAUUCUGUUGUAUGUAAUCGUGCUUUGACCUUUUAUUCAAAAGUCAAAAUAACAGGUUGGUAUUUGGAGCAAUAGGGUUUUUUUUAGUUCAAAGCUUCCAAACUUUUUUUUUUAAAAUCAAUGUCACUUCUAAAACUGAUUUAAAUCAAAGCUCCUGAAUGUAAUUCUGUGAUGCUAACAGUCCUGCAGUUUAAUGAAGGCAUUAGCUAUUUGAGAAAGUCACUGCCUUUGUUAGAGCAUUGGAAAUAAAAAUACAAAGCAUGCGUUUCAAGCAUGCAGUCUGUUGAGGGAAUGUUUCUGUAAAUUGCAGACUUGUUGGAAAAAGCUUCCUUAAGGUUCUUUGUUUUCAGAAAACCUUCACACUAUCUCAGAACCUCAUGACAAUUGUCAUCAUUAAAGAUUUGGUUUCUCA